UGAAUUUCUUUAACUAGCUGUGCAGCUAAACAAACACAAAGCCAACAAAGCCUCUUGUUGUUGGAAUAUAAGAGAUAAAAUUUUUACAUUUAUUAUAACAUAAACAUUAAGGAGCAGUUCUUAACACAUUGUUAAGUAUUCUUACUAAACUCUAAAAAAAUGAAGUGUAUUGCUGUAAUUAUGACUUUGUUGGUUGCUGCUUAUGCAGAAAGAAAGUGCAACCAAAUAUGCCCAAGGAUUUAUGCACCGAUUUGUGGUCACGACGGAAAAACAUAUGACAGCGAUUGUGCCUUAAAAUCUGAAUCUUGUCUUAGUCAGAAGCCCAUAGUUCAAGUGUAUGAUGGCGAAUGCGACCCUAAAGGCGACUGCAAUCUUGCUUGCAACAAAAUAUAUGCUCCAGUUUGUGGUAGUGACAAAAACCUUUACUCGAACGAAUGUGUUUUGAGACAAGCUGCAUGCAAACAAAAGAAAGCUAUUAUUGUUGUUCAACGAGCUCUUAAAAAAGAUGAUUGUAAAUCUUGUUCGAUCCUAUGUACAAGAGAAUAUAAUCCAGUAUGCGGAUCAGAUGGAAAAACCUACGCCACAGAAUGCGUUAUGAAAAGUGUUGCAUGCAUGAACGAAAAAGCUAUUAUUGCCGUUAGCAAUGGACCAUGCAAAGAUAAAUAAAAUCUUCUAACCUGUAUCACUUUGAAGUUUUAGCGAUCAGUAUUAUUUAAUAUAAGUUAUUCGAACUUAA